AUGGCCGCUGAUACUGUUUGGGGUUUAGGUUAUUCAAUGUGUCAGUUCUGGUUAUGCCUCGAUUAUAUGAUGAGCAAUGCAUCCGUGCUCAAUUUAUUACUAAUUUCAUUCGAUCGAUAUUUCUCAGUUACUAGGCCAUUAACUUAUCGUCCAAGACGAACCGCAAAGAAAGCAUUCCUGAUGAUUGCUAGUACGUAUAUUGCUUCAGCCAUGCUUUGGCCACCAUGGAUUAUUAGUUGGCCCUAUAUUGAAGGUCAAUUUACUCAUCCUGAUCGUUGCGUUGUGCAAUUUAUUGAAACAAAUCAAUUUGCAUCCGUUGGUACAACAAUUGCCGCAUUUUGGUUACCUCUUGUAAUUAUGAUUGUAUUAUAUUCACGAGUGUAUUGUGAAACAAAAAAACAGCAAAAAGAAAUGUGCCUUUUACAAGCUGGCCAGGUAAUAAUAAUUAAUAAUAAUAACAGUAAUAAUAAUAAUAAUUAA